AUGACCCUCAUCAAGAAAUCAAACCCUCCUCAACCAAACUAUCUUAUGCUCUUCAAAAGAAGAUUGCAGCACAGAUUGCAACACCUGCUGCGCCAGGACGGCCCCGACGCGGCGGGCAAGCGCACCUUCGUCGUGAGGAACCUGUCGCCGUCGUCGGCGGGCGAGUACACCUGUGCAGCCGCCAACAGUGAGGGCUCGGGCCGGUCCGACCCGCUCAAGAUCACCGUGCAGUACUCCCCGCGGUGCCGGGAGGGCUUCGUGAACCGGCGCAUGGGCGCCAUCAAGGCCCAGCCGGUGGAGGUGCGCUGCGAGGUGCUGGCCGAGCCCGUGGAGGACGUCCGCUUCUCGUGGACCUUCAACCGGAGCCGCGACGUGACGGCCGUGCCGCAGCACAAGGUGCUGUCCAACGGCACCGUGUCCUACCUGGUGUACACGCCCAACGCGGACGCCGACUUCGGCACGCUGGGCUGCUGGGCGUCCAACCGCAUCGGCCGCCAGAGCACGCCCUGCUACGUGCACGUGGUCGCCGCUAGGUCCCCGCAGCCCCCGGAGGCGUGCUCCGUGUGGAACCGGACUUCCCCUUCGUCGGGCGGCGCGGGCGGCGCGGCCGCCGAGGUGCAAGUCAAGUGCGUGGCGGGCGCCGACGGCGGCCUCCGCCAGCACUUCCUGCUCGAGGUGUUCGAGGCCCUGGACGAGGAGCCGUUCGCCUGGGACGACGACAAGAGCAACGAGAUCACGGGCCACCUGCCCGGCCUGCCCGGCCCGCCCGGCCUCGCCAAGGAACACGACCUCGGGGAGCACGGAUCCGGUUCCGGUUCCGGUUCCGGUGCUGGCGCCGGGUCCGGCGCGGGCUCCGGCUCCGGCUCGCCCCCGGGACACGGAACGGCCGGUCAGGAGCUGAGGGACGCCAGUGCCUCCAGAGGACAGCCUAUUCUGCGCUUGACGGCUGGAGAACCCUCCUGGACGCUGGAGUCGAACAAGCUGGAGCCGGGGCGGCGGUACGAGAUCAUGCUCUUCGCCGUCAACGACAAGGGCAGCAGCGAGCCGCCGGUGCGGCUCUUCGCAGUGGCGCCGCACAGCGCGGAGCUCAUCAACGGCGUCGAGCUGCGCGGCAACAUGCUGAGCCCGCACCCGGUGGACCCGCUGGCGUCCGGGUCGAGCGGCGCGGGCAUCGCCCACCAGACGGCCCCCGUGGCCGUGGUGCUGGGGGCGCUCGUGGCCUGCGCCGUGCUCAUCCUGGCCGCCGUGGCGCUGGCCGUCACCCUGGUGGUGUGCCGGCGGCGGCGCGAGGCGGCCCGCGAGGCCGAGGAGGCCCGGCGCAGGGACGACUUCCGGGAGGCGGUGCGCGGCAGCCAGGUUCGUGUCCUCCUUCUCUCUACUUCUCUUACCGCAGUGUACGUCCAAGUGUGA